UGCGUUUCCAAUCCAACCCACCGCACUUUGGCCCUUUUUCAAGUGACCAACUGACAGCUGAAGGCGCUUUUCCUCUUUGUUUCCCUUUCAAUUUCCGCUCCUUCAUGUGUUCAUCGAUUUCUAUUAUUCUUUUACAUUUGCCUUUGUUUAUCUUCACCAUACCAUUGAAGUUCAAUCAUACUUAAAACUGUUAUUCACCUGCUGCGACUUGAUAUGCAUUGUUAGCUGUAUAAUGAAAACUAUAAUGCUGCCGGCGUUUGCUUUGAGGCGAUGUAUAUCGACUUCGGCUUGCCUCUGCCAAAGAAUCAAGCAAACAGAUAAUGAGAUAGUGCAGAUGUUCCAGUUGCCUGCUCCAGAGAAUGAAAUGCGGGACUGGGCUUUUAACCGGAAUUUUCCGAAGAAGAAUCCUUAUGCUCGAACAUUGGACAAGAGGUUUAUAAGAAUUUUAAAAAUAUUUAAGUGGGGGACUGAUGCAGAGAAGACAUUGGAAGUGCUAAAGCUGAAGGUGGAUCAUCAGUUGGUUCGAGAGGUUUUGAUGAUAGAUGUAGAGAUUAAUGUCAAGAUCCAGUUCUUCAAGUGGGCUGGGAAAAGAAGGAAUUUUGAACAUGAUUCUACGACAUACUUGGCUUUGAUUCAUUGUUUAGAUGAAGCGGGACUUGUUGGUGAAAUGUGGAAAACUAUCCAAGACAUGGUCCGGAGUACGUGUGUUGUUGGUCCUGCUGAAUUAUCCGAAAUUAUGAGAAUAUUAGGCAAGGCUAAAAUGGUGAACAAGGCUCUCUCCAUCUUUUAUCAGAUUAAAAGCCGCAAGUGCAAGCCAACGGCUAGUACUUAUAAUGCUAUAAUCUUGAUGUUGAUGCAAGAAGGACACCGUGAAAAAGUUCAUGAACUCUAUAAUGAGAUGUGUAAUGAGGGUAACUGUUUACCGGACACAAUAACAUACACUGCACUUAUGUCCACUUUCAGUAAGUUAGGUCGUCAUGAUUCUGCCAUUAGAUUGUUUGAGGAAAUGAAGGAGAAUGGGUUGCAACCUACGCCAAAGAUUUAUACAACCUUGAUUGAAAUCUAUUUUAAGCUAGGUAGGACUGAGUCAGCUUUAGGUCUAUUCCAAGAGAUGACAGGGAACGGCUGUAGCCCAACGGUUUUUACUUACACAGAGUUGAUAAAGGGGCUUGGAAAAGCCGGAAGGGUUGAAGAUGCCUAUGGCAUAUUCAUGAACAUGUUAAAAGAAGGUGGUAAGCCUGAUGUUGUGCUUAUUAACAAUAUGAUUAACAUUUUGGGCAAAGCGGGUCGAUUGGAAGAUGCUCUUAAGCUUUUCAAUGAAAUGAAGUCUUGGCGAUGUGUACCUAAUGUUGUAACAUAUAACACUAUAAUUAAAGCUUUAUUUGACAACAAAGCCCCAAUUUCCGAGGCAUCAUCGUUGUUUGAGAAGAUGAAGGCCAAUGGUGUUGUUCCCAGUUCAUUUACUUAUUCAAUUCUUAUUGAUGGUUUCUGCAAGGCAAACAGAGUUGAGAAAGCUUUAUUAUUCCUUCAAGAGAUGGAUGAAAAAGGCUUUCCUCCUUGUCCGGCUGCAUAUUGUAGCCUGAUCAAUAGUCUAGGGAAGGCAAAACGAUAUGAAGCAGCAAGUGAGCUAUUUCAGGAAUUGAAAGAGAAUUGUGGACAUUCAAGUGCUCGGGUUUAUGCUGUGAUGAUAAAACUUUUUGGGAAGUGUGGCCAUCUGAGUAAGGCUGUUGAUCUAUUCAAUGAGAUGAAGAAACUGGGAUGCAACCCUGAUGUUUAUACUUACAAUGCACUGAUGUCAGGGAUGAUAAGAGCAGGCAUGAUAGAUGAAGCUCAUUCCUUGCUGAGAACUAUGGAAGAAAAUGGUUGCACCCCAGACUUGAAUUCACACAAUAUCAUUCUAAAUGGCUUAGCUAGGACAGGUGGCCCAAAGCGGGCAAUUGAAAUGCUUACAAAGAUGAAGAACUUAAAGAUUAAACCAGACGCGGUAUCUUACAAUACGGUUCUUGGUUGUCUCAGCCGAGCUGGUAUGUUUGAAGAGGCUUCCAAGUUAAUGAAAGAGAUGAAAGCAAGUGGGUUUGAAUACGAUCUCAUCACCUACUCAUCAAUACUUGAGGCAGUUGGCAAGGUUGAUGAAGAUAAUAAUCUUACUGCUUUCUGAUGGAGUCCUUAUCAUUAGGUCUUUCAUACUUCUCCCCUACCUUUUUUGGGUUUUCUUUUUUGCUUUCAUAGUAGACUUUUUAUUGGACCUUUUUGAAAACAUGCUAAUUAAAGAAUGCUAUUUGAAGCAUUGAUAUAUGAUAUUCUUAUUACCCAUAUUUUUCGAUAGCUUAUAUGGUUUAGAUGAUCAUUUUGAUGUUAACUCGGCUGCCUCUCGCUUAUUUGAUAAUUCCAUCCUUGGUUUACUGCAUACGUAGAUCAUUUUGUCCUAAACUGACUUGGUUAAGUGUAGAAUUGUCAAGCUUAAGUUUUGGGGAUAUCACUGGAAACUACGGAAGAAGCUGGCAUCUGGAUAACCAAGGGAUGUUGAAUCCGUUAUAUGUACAGAUAGAAGACUAAUGGAGUGGGCACACUCUUCAAACUAACUGUAGUUCUCAAAUGAAGUAAACACUUAACAAGUUUGCCAAAAUAUCUCAAAUAUAAAUUAUUACAAGCUGACAUUUGCUUCAGUAGCUGACCUAAGAACAUAUUAUUAACUGAAGAUUUGCCUGACAAGGAUAUAACGGGUGCUGUUCCGUACCUGCACAAACUGUUGAUGCUUUUAUAGGUUAUUUUAGAUCAACUACUUGAUAUUUUGACAUUUUGGUGUGCUCUUGAUAACAUGUGGUAAUUGUCGACACAGAAUCAUCCAUUUGUUGGUGAUGAAGGUUCAUUCCACUUUACUGCAUAGCUGUCUUCCGGGGUAAUGCUUGUAGCGAGGUUUAGUUUUAUAAUUCUUAUGGGAAAACGUUUUCUGAGCCUUUUCAGUUUUGGUUCAUGGAUUUUUAUACUUGUUUCUUUUUCUUUUGCAGGUUGAGGGUCCCUAGAAAUUGAAGAAAACAAAAUUCCAGUAGCAGAGUUACCUUCAUACAUGCAAAGAUGAUGUAGAGUCGAAAGCAAUAUGGACAAAACCAACACUUGAUGUUGAGCCCUAUGGUAAUAUGCUGUCAGCUAAUUUCCUGAAACACCAACACUUUUUUUUAUCCCCAUGUAUAGUGUUCUUUAAACUACUUAUUGCUUUGUGCCUUCAGCUAUUAAGUGGCAAAAAGUAUGAUUCCUUUACGUCUCCGGGCAAGGAAGAGUUUACUACUGAGCUUCUGAACGUUCUCUCAAUCCUCUUGGAGAUAGAACUGGUCUAAAUCCAAGUACAAACUGAAAUGGCAUCUGCCAUGAUACUUCUAGUAACAUAAUAUAUCGGCUGACAAGCAAAAAAGAAUGGCCUUUUUGCUCUUUUCUAUGUCUCUAUUCCCAGGUCUCACCCCAUCAUCGGUCUUGCCCCAUUGUCGGAAAAUGAACUCGCAGGUCAUAAAUGGGUAUGUAUGGAAGUUGAAGUUUUGGCAGGCAGCAGGAGAAGAGCAGCAGGUUCAACUUCCAGCAUACCAAAUCAAGUUCUUUUGUUGCUUAAGGUUGGAGCCCUUGAUGAUUACAAUAUCACAGAGAACAAUAGUAUUAAAGAAGAUCAAAGGAAAUUAAAAAAAUGAUUUCAUGUACUCCUUUUGGUAAUUUUAUCAUUUGAUUACUGAAAGUUGAUGUUUCAAAA